GCGCGACACCAACUUCCUGUGUUUUGGGACACGUAUAUCUUCCGUGCUGGAUCCGGGUUUCUCUGAGCGAUUCCUAAUUAUAACUGCAAUUAAAUCUUAAAGAAAACAUGUCGAACUCGGUGCUGUCUGUGAUUUCCCGGUUCUUGAGUGAAUACUCCUCCUCCACGCCGAGUAAACUGAAGCUCGUCGACGCGUACUUGCUGUACAUCUUGCUCACCGGAGCGAUGCAGUUUUUGUACUGCCUGCUUGUCGGGACGUUCCCCUUCAACUCGUUCCUCUCCGGCUUCAUAUCGUGCGUCGGGUGCUUUAUUCUUGCAGUGUGUCUUCGUAUUCAGGUGAACCCCAACAACAAGGGUGAAUUCCUGGGUAUCUCCCCAGAACGUGCCUUUGCCGACUUCCUAUUCGCUCACACAGUCCUGCACCUGGUGGUCAUCAAUUUCAUUGGCUGAGUCCCCUGCCUAGCCACGCCCACUUCACAGGUUCUGAAAAAACAAAACAAAAAUCCCAUAAUACCAAAGUGACCUUUGGAGAAGAUGGAUUUAAUUUUCAUUUCACUAAAAAAAAAAAGUCUUGUUUUUGAUUUUGUUCAUAUUUCAUCCAGUUUUUGUUGAAUUGCGAAAUAAGAAGCUUUUGUUAAUAAAUCAAAUUUAAAAAAAAGAAA